CCAAAAUUAAGUUUUGUCUUUGAAUCCUACUUUCCAGAAUUCCAAACGGACAACAAUAAUAGAGUAUAUUUAUGGAGUUAAUUUGUAAUUUGUAAAACUCUGAUUCAUUAUAAAUAUAACUGGAAGGGCUACCUAUUGGUAAGCCACUUCUAUUAUUUCACAUGGUAAUAUGGUAUACUAUCGUAUAUCAGACCACUAGGUUUUUCUCCUCAACCCUAGCCUACUCACGUACUUCUUCCUCCGUACAAUGGCGUCUUCCGCUUCCUUACCAGCGUCGACGUCCAUAGGAGCUUCAAGUUCCAUGACUUCUUCUGGCUCCAUGGCUUCUUCUACAUCCACGUUCCCUGUCUCCAGCACUGUCAUUCAGUCUUAUGCGGCUUCUUCUUCGCCAAUUUCUGUGCGCCCCAGCUCCUCCUCCGUAUCUGGGUUUCCGCCGCCAUUCACGUGGACUCCAUCUUCCCCGGCAGUUUUCCCUUCUUCUCUCGCCUCGGGUUCCAUGCAAUCGUUGUUCAAUGCUCUGCCUCAGCUUGACAUUGCUCCUCCUCUUCAUCUACGACUGGGUUCUUCCUCCGCGUCCUCUCAAUUCAGCGGACCAACCCUUGCAGGCUCUCCAGGUAUUUUGCCGACUUUCUCUCCAGCGGUUCAACGCCCCCCUCUUCUGCAGCAACAGUCAUCCUCUAUCUCUGCUAUUGCUCAAAAUUUGGGUUAUUCUACACACAACGUUACUGCCAUUGUCACUACAAAAUUGUUGGCCAUUGAGGAUUAUCUUCCUUGGAGGACCCAAUUCGAGUCUUUCUUAGUUUCUCAAGGAUUGCUCGGUAUCAUCGACGGCAGCCUACCCGCCUCUCCGUUGUAUGUGGCUGAUUCCUUCAACAUCCAAUCUAUUCAUCCGGGUUAUUAUCAUUGGCUGCGUCUUGAUCAAACAGUCCGGUCUUGGAUUUUCGCUACCUUAUUCCGUGACCUUCUCAUUGAUGUCCAUGAUAUAAAAAAUGCAGCCCAAAUUUGGGAACGACUUCAGUCCCGGUUCAUGUCCGCUAGCUUGAAUCGCUCCUUGGAACUCAAGAGGAUGCUCUCUCAUAUGAACUUAUGAAGAAAAAGCCUAAAGUGACUAUGGAGCAAUAUGUCCGGGAAAUCAAGACCAUAGCGUCCUCGUUGGCGUCCAUCAAUUCUCCCGUCUCAAAUAAAGAACUUAUCCAAACUACUCUUUUGGGUUUGGGUCGGGCAUAUGAAUCAUUGAUCACCAAUAUUUCUCUUUUCCCUGGUCAACUUACGUUUGAUGACCUCGGCACCAUCCUAGUUGAGCAAGAAAGCCGCCUGGAAUAUCUUUACAGUCAAGAGGCAGACUUUGGUCAACCUGCUUUUGCUACUUCUUCCACUUCUGGAGGACCAAAAUCUGGCCGUGGGAAUUUUUCUGGACAACAGCGUGGCAGGGGAGGUCGUGGCCUAUGUGGAGGGCGUGGGCGUGGAGGUCAUGACAGGGGCCGACCGACAGUUUAUGGUCCCACUGGUACGCAACAUGGCACCAAUAAUGCGGGUCACUCAGGUAUCUUCCACCUUCUUUCUUGGAAGUUGCCAAGAGACAUAUAACACCUUCUAGGAAGGAGGUAUCAAACACAUGAACAUGGAGAAGAUUUCUUGGAGAUAGCUAGGAAACUCCCUAGCAAUGAGAAUGGAAGCUUGGAUGCAACUUCCUCAUGUCUCCCAUAUACACCUAUAAAUAGAGAGUGUAUUGUUGUUCAUUGUAUCAGUUUAGAAAGUGGAAAAAGUGUGUGAAGAGUGAAAUACACUUAGAGUAGAAUUGUAUUGGUGAGGAUUGGUUUUUGUAAUAGUUGAGUGUGAGAGUUUGCUCCUCCUAUUGUAAUUCUGUUCUUGAUAUUGAAUAGAAGAAUUUUCCAAUCCCAACAAGUGGUAUCAGAGCGAGGUUGAGUUUUCAUACACUGUUUUCUCAUUUUCAGAUAAAUUUCUACAGGUUAGAAAAUCGUGAUUUUUCAAGUUGCUCGGAAUCACGAUCUGAUCAUACCGUUAGAUUCAUCUCGUCGAGACGAGAAAUCUGGUAUUUUUGGGAAAUUUUUUGGCCACCGGAAGAGGCCGUACGCGCCGCCCAAACACGCCGGAAAACUGCCUGCGUCAUCAUUGCGUCAUCACGCAGUCCAGAGGAAGAAGACGAGCCACGUCAGCCGCCGCGUCAGCCGCCACGCCAGUCCACGUAAGCGCCACGUCAUCCGCCACGUCAGCCGUGCAAGCCAUCCUCUAGGUGCCACGUCAGCGCCACGUCAGUGACACGUGGCGCCACGUCAGCGCCAGCGCAGAGCCAGCUGUUGCCACGUCAUCCACCUGCUGGUCUGCUCACUGGGUUGCUGCCUGAACCGGACCGAACCGGUUCGUACUUGUGGAGGCCGGUUCACCCAUUUUCAGACCGGGUUCCUACCAUUUUCGGCCAUUCCGGAUCCAACGGUGAGCUCCGUUUGUCCAAAUUCGGCUCCGAAAAUAAGGUAAGAGAUAUUUUGAGCGUUUUAUUAUGGAUAAAUCAUCAUCGGACACCAUGAUUGCGCUCACUUCCACAAAUUACAAUAUGUGGAAGCCUCAGAUGGAGGAUUUGCUAAAUUUGAGGGAUUUAGCUGAUCCUCUUGAUAAUAAUGGCGUGAAACCGGAUAAAAAGACGGAUGAAGAAUGGACAAAAAUGAAUAGAAAAACUGUCACACAAAUUCGGCAGUGGAUCGAUCAUAGUGUGUUCCACCAUGCUGCGCAAGAACAAAGUGCUUACACACUAUGGGAGAAGCUUGGUAGCAUGUAUCAAGCAAAAACCGCCCGAAAUAAGACAUUACUAAUGAGGAGAUUAGUAAACCACAAGUUACGAGGAGGUAUUUCGGUGUCAGAACACACCAGUCAAUUCCAGGAUCUUGUGAAUCAGUUGAGCACCACCAGAUGGGUUCUCAAAGAUGAAGAGCAUGCAAUACUACUCUUGAGCUCUCUACCUGACAGCUGGGAGACUCUUGUUGUCACUCUCAGCAAUUCUGCUCCCAAUGGCAAAGUGACUAUGCAGAUGGUCACAGAUGCCCUUAUGAACGAAGAAGCCCGAAGAAAAGAAGCCGGGACUGAAAAAUCAUAUGCCUUCGUGUCAGAAACCAACAGACGAGGGGGAGGCAGAAAUGGAGGAAGAAGUCGAGGUCGAGGUAAAGGCCAAGGUCAAAACAGAGGAAAUUCUCAAGUUCGCGGCCGAUCACAAGAACGAGGUAUGUCCUGUGAAAACAAUACUUGGUUUGAAGGAUAUUGCAACUAUUGUGGUAAUUAUGGGCAUAGAAAAAGAGAUUGUAGAAAGUUUCUACGAGAGCAGCCACAGACGAGUCAAAAUACUAGCCAAGAAGAUGGUGUGACUAUGGUUAGUUUGUCAUCAGACGUGUGUCUUGUUACACAUGGUGAACAAGAAUGUUUACACGUAGGUACUCAUGAUGUUGAGUGGGUGAUUGAUACAGCCGCAUCAUUUCACGCCACUCCACACCAGAAUUUAUUCACAUCUUAUAAGUCCGGGGACUUUGGAGAUGUGAAGAUGGGAAACACCAGUUUCUCGAAGAUUGUUGGCAUUGGUGAUGUGCACAUAACAACCAAUGUCGGAUGCGCACUUGUGUUGAAAGAUGUUCGACAUGUUCCGGAUCUUAGAUUGAAUCUCAUCUCCGGUACAGCUCUGGAUCAACAAGGAUAUCUUAACAGAUUCAAAGAAGGUACGUGGAAGUUAUCUAAAGGUUCUUUGGUUGUUGCAAGAUGCCAUAUUUGUGGUACUCUUUAUAAAACUCAUACAAAGUUGUGUCAUCCGAGUCUCAAUGCUGUUGAAGAAGAUAUAUCACCAAACUUGUGGCACCAGAGGUUACGCCACUUGAGCGUGAAGGGAUUGACAACUCUUGCUAGGAAGGAAAGGAUUUCCAUGGGCAAAGGUGUUGCCCUAGAUCCAUGUGAGCACUGUCUAUUUGGGAAACAACACAGGGUUUCCUUCAGUUCUACCAGGAAGAACCAUACAGAGUUACUCAGUCUUGUACACUCUGAUGUAUGCGGACUCAUUGAAGAGGAGUCACUUGGAGGAAGCAAGUAUUUCGUGACAUUCAUUGAUGAUGCAUCACGAAAGGUAUGGGCUUAUUGUUUGAAGAGUAAGGAUCAAGUGUUUGAUCGCUUCAAAUUAUUUCAUGCCAUGGUAGAAAGAGAAACAGGGAAGAAGCUGAAGUGUCUACGUUCAGACAAUGGAGGAGAGUACACUUCCCGAGAGUUCUCAGCAUAUUGCGCUGCAUACGGAAUCAGACAUGAGAAGACGGUUCCACGAACUCCACAACACAAUGGUGUAGCUGAAAGAAUGAAUCGGACCAUUAUGGAGAAAGUUCGUUGCAUGCUGAGUAUGGCUAAACUACCUAAGCCAUUCUGGGGUGAAGCUGUGCUGACAGCUUGUUAUCUUAUAAACAGGUCACCUUCUGUUCCUUUAAACUUUGAAGUGCAAGAGAAGAAAUGGUCAAGAAGAGAUGUUUCUUACUCUCACUUGAAAGUGUUCGGGUGCAAGGCAUUUGCACAUGUGUCCAAGGAGUUGAGACAGAAGCUUGAUCUCAAGUCAAACCCAUGUAUCUUCAUCGGCUAUGGUGAUGAAGAAUUUGGAUACCGGUUGUGGGAUCCCGAAGUGAAAAAGUUGUACGAAGCAGAGAUGUUGUAUUUCAUGAAAACGAGUUUCAUGGGUGUGUUCCAAUAAUCCGCCAACAACAUACUCUAGAAGACGAAGUGCCUGUAUCAUUAAACAUUCCUCUCAGCGACGAGGAGAUGCAUGAUACCACUGAACAAGAGAGUGAUGGUUCAGUAGGUGAUGAUGAUACUCACAGUGAUGAUAUUCCUCAGCAGGGGGAGCCUUCAUCUGAAGACGAAGCUGAAGGUACUCAUGUUAGACGUUCUAUGCGAGACAUAGUUCCACAUAGAAAGUAUUCCACAUCCAAAUGGAUACUUGUUGCUAGCGAGGGGGAGCCUGCGAGCAUCGCAGGAAUGAGAGAAAUAAAGAAAAAGGUGGAUGGAGAGAUUUGUAUGUAUCUUCCACAUUCUUUCUUGGAAGUUGCCAAGAGACAUAUAACACCUUCUAGGAAGGAGGUAUCAAACACAUGAACAUGGAGAAGAUUUCUUGGAGAUAGCUAGGAAACUCCCUAGCAAUGAGAAUGGAAGCUUGGAUGCAACUUCCUCAUGUCUCCCAUAUACACCUAUAAAUAGAGAGUGUAUUGUUGUUCAUUGUAUCAGUUUAGAAAGUGAGAAAAGUGUGUGAAGAGUGAAAUACACUUAGAGUAGAAGUGUAUUGGUGAGGAUUGGGUUUUGUAAUAGUUGAGUGUGAGAGUUUGCUCCUCCUAUUGUAAUUCUGUUCUUGAUAUUGAAUAGAAGAAUUUUCCAAUCCCAACACUGCAGGCUCUCCAUCAGCUAAUGGCAUUUUAGGUUCCGUCCUUCCCCAAUCAUGUGCCAAAUUUGUUUCUCCCCAGGUCAUUCCGCUGCAUCUUGCCCCUCUCGUUUUGUUCCGUCCAAUGCGCCAGCACUGAUUGUUCCCUCCGGUGAGACUAAUGAUGCUCUGUGGUAUCCCGACUCGAGAGCUUAUGCUCAUAUGACCCCUGCAGCAGGUGCUAUUUUAGGUGCACCCACAAGCACACCCAAGGGUGCAAAGCAACAAAGAGUACCAAACCACAUACUUUGGUAACCACACCUGCAAAGAGGACCCAUAUUAUGCUCCCAAUCAACUACAACCAGAAGAGGAAGAGAAUGAACAUUCUUCUUCCUCCAAAUAUUAUCACAAGGAAGAUGAAUCUUUAACUGUUUCUGGAUCGGAUGAGUCAUCACUACUUCCUGAAGAAAUGAUCCAAUUUAAUCCUCAAGGAGCUAAUAACAAUGUUAAUAACAUUGAGUCUCAUAGCUGCUUCGAAAAUCUGGACAAUAUUCUCUCAAAAAAUCUGAACAAUAUUCUCUGGUCGGAUGAGAUGUUACUCCUCAAUUUCUUAGACAACCAAUCAUCGACAAUAUGUAUAAAUGUGUCAUGUGUGUGUUUGUUUGUCUAUAAUCUAGACACACACAUACAUUAAUUCUCCUACAUACAGUGGUAAAAAAA